AUGCUACCCGUCAAGCGCCAGCGUACCGAUGAGCCCGGGUCUUCUACGACACGGCCGAAUGAUUCGGUCCCACCUGGGCAGCCCGAAGAACCAACCGAUGACCCUGCAGUCGCCACUCCGAAAACAGAUUUUUCGCAGUAUCUGCGGGACUGGCAGCCCGAGCAUGGAGCAUUUUCGCCUAUGCGACCGGAACUUCCGGUACCUUUCGGAGACGAACAUGUAUUUGCCGAAGCAUUGCCUGAUCUGGAAGGUGACGAUCAACCCUGGCUAGCAGAUUGGCUUGCUACUGAGGGCAUGACGACUUCGGCUGGUAUGGUCGGUGCUGCCCGGACACAGAUGGCAACCCCGGGAGUCCACGAACCGCAGUCGCCGCUCCCAACACCAUCGCUCGACCUCUUGCGUGGCGUGAGUCCUCAAUAUCUCGGCUUGUCUGGUCACACUGAUCCUCACCUAUUACGACAUUUCCGCUGGGACGAGGAUCACCAGAGGAAGUAUUUCAAGCUACACUUCCGUCGAGCAGCUUUGCAUACCGGCCUCUCUGGCCAUGUCCAGUCUCCGGACCUUCGAAUGCAAGGUCUUGCUGUCGACACCCCCCUGAUGAAUGGCACUCUCCCUAAACCCGAUGGGCAGAAUAUUCCAGUUCAAUUCAUGCUACCCGUAACUGAUAUCACCGAAGAGGAGAAGAAAGACAGUACUUUCCGAUCCGAAUCAUCGGCGGAAGACCUCCGAAGUGAGCUUUUCAAUCUGAUCAACCCCGCAGACGGCCUCAGGCUGAUCCAACUUCAUUUCCGUUUCGUCUACCCUUGCUUCCCCGCCGUUCUGAGGCGACCAUACACUUCUGUUGAUGAUCUGGAAGAUAUCCCGACUCACCUACUUGCCGCUAUCUACGCUUCAGCUUUGCCAUUCGUCGACCAUGACCAUCACCUCUUCGUCCAGAAUGUCUAUCGUAAGGCCCCGGUAGAUGAGGUCUGGCACAUUGUACUGGAAGAAGUUCUUCGCGAGUCUCACUCACCACACCUGUCUAUCAUUCAAGCUUCAUUGCUGUAUCUGCAGAAGUUGCCAAGGUCUAGCAAGGCUGGUCAGGACACGCCGUUCCGUUGGUCAUUUAUGGCGGGCGUUUAUGGCCUCGCCUGCGCUCUGGGAUUGCAGCUAGACUGCAGCGACUGGUUGAUACCGACAUGGGAAAAAAGGCUCCGCAGGCGCUUAUGGUGGCUGGUCUUUUUUGAGGAAAAGUGGAGGUGCUUACUGGUCGGUCAGCCAUCCUUAAUUCACGAAGACCAUUGGGAUGUGAGCGAUCUUAGAGAUGAUGAUUUCUUGGAUGAUUUCCAGGACUCGGACGAACCAAUCGGCAACGAUGCAAUGCCAAGCGACGAAGUCAAUGGAUGCGUCCAAUUUCGAUGCCUCCUGAACCUCUCGCGGAUCGGCGACGAGAUCUACAAAGCUUUCUAUACUCUUCGCUCUGCUCGAGAGUUGCAAAACGAUUUCUCGAACUCUCUCCACAAAGCGAAACCGCUCCGCCAAAGGCUACAGUCAUGGUAUCAAGCAUUGCCUGCAAGCUUUCAAAUGCGAAAGCGACGCAGAUCAAACGAAACGCUCCCAGAAAACGAAGUCUCUCCCGCGGCAAUUCAUCUUGCUUAUCUGAGCUUGGAGUUGCUUCUCUAUCGAGCCAUUUUGCGGCCACUCGGCAAAUUCAGAAAAACAGGCAACCCAGGUGCUGCGGCUACAACACUUAUACACGACGAUACUAGUCCAACAACGGUUGGCACGUGGCCCGAUGCCCACGCUGGAAAUCUAAAGGAAGCCAUGGAGGCAACUUAUGCCGCCGCGCACAAUUGUGCCAGGCUAUGGAACACGUUUGCCGCCACUUUGGAUGCGAACGACUUUGGAAGCUUCUGGUACUCUUGGUCACGUAUUGGCUUCGCACAUCAAUCAAACUUUGUAGCGCUGCUCAUUGCUCAGGCACCUACUGACGAGUUGAGGCAAGAUGCGAUGAAGGUUGCGGAUACGUGGCGGAACACGCUUCGUGUGCAGUCGAAAAGCUUUGAUCAGAUGAGUCUAGGUCUUCUGAGGCUGGAGGUUAUGUAUUGGGUGGGUUUCGACCAGCUAUUCGAGGAAGAACGACAGGAUAUACCUCUCAACUCACAUUCAGGACCAACAUAA